AUGUUCAAAUCUCUCUCCUUUGAGAACAACAACAACAAUGAAGAUACUCUUAUUACACCCACUCCAAGCAAAGGAGUGAAUAUGGAUUUAUUCUGGGAUGAUGCUCUUGAUGAACGAAGCGGUGAUGAUGAAGAAUUAGGAAGAAGAAAUCAUGAUGGUCCGAGAUUGAAGCCUGUUUCAUCUCACAUGAAUGAACCACAACAAUCGUUCAACAACACAUCUGGCUCAUUAUGGCCAAAACCAAAUUCUUCUACUCAUCCAUACAGCGUGAUGAAUCAAAUCCAACUCAACAAUUCCUCUUUGAAUGAUUCAACUUUUGGGAUUACCAGUGAAUUGAAAAGCAAAUGUUCAUUGGACAGUGAGAAUAAUGGUGCCACUGCCUCAGACUUUGAAAUAGCCUCUAAUCUACACAAGAGAAAGAGAGCUAGUGCCGGAGCUGCAGUAGUAUCAGAUUCUUUAAAUGAUUCGCUGCUCGAGGAAUGUGAGGAGGACGAUGAUCCAAAUUCUUUGGGGCUUAUGCGAGAUGAUGAGAGAGAGCCUUUGAAGAAUAUUUCCAAUACAGUAGCAGCCAUGAUGAUGAGCAAAUCAAGACAGUCCUUGGGUGGAGUUUCUAGUCCAAUCAAAAAGAAGAAGAAGAUCAAUCUUAUUGACUUUGAAAAGAAGAGAAGAGAAACCCGAGUGCUUAAUGUCGUUCCUCAAAUCACAUGUAGUGGCCAAGAUCAUCACCACGUUGUAGGAAGCUCACCAGGCUUAUACUUUUCAUCGAUUGAAACUGCUCUUCAUGAAGCACAACCAUUUGAUACCAUCCUUCUCCAUGAAGGAACUUAUCAUGUACAACGAACCCUGUCUAUCAAAGUAGAAGGCAUCCACCUGAAAGGAAUCUCAAAUAAGGUACAUUUGAUUGGAAUGUGUCCUUCCAAUGUAUUGAGUAUUGAACACAAAUCAAUAACCAUAUCUCAUUUGAACAUUUCUCAUGACACUCAACAAUGUACCUCCACGAGUACUGCCGUUUCCUCUUCUUGUUCUACUAGUGGUACUAAUUGUGCCCUCAUAUCCAUAGACAUGCAAUCACCACUAAGUGAUGAAAUUUUCCAAAUUCACAUUAAGAGAUGUGAAUUAUUUAAUAGUUUUGAACAUGGAAUUCUUGUUUCUGGCGCAGCAGAGGCCGUAAUCAUUGAUUGUUCUAUCCACAACUGUAAAAAGAUUGGAAUUCUUUACACUCACAAUGCUAGAGGCCUUGUUCAAAAUAAUCUCAUCUAUGAAAAUCUGUAUGAGGGAAUCACAUUCAGAGGUAGAUCUCAUCCAACUGUAAAAAACAACAAAAUUUUCGACGGGCAUUCAGGAGGAGUAUAUAUGCGAGAAAAUUCUCAUCCUUAUAUUUUCGAAAACGAAAUUUAUGCCAACAGGCGCUCUGGUAUUUUCAUUACCAACAAAUCCAAGCCAUAUAUUAAGAAAAAUUCCAUUCAUUCCUGUAAAGAGAAUGGAAUUGUACUAAAGAAUAAUUGCUCUGGCAAGAUUGAGGGCAAUGAUAUUUAUCAAAAUGCCUAUCCCAACCUGUACAUUGAUGACGAAUGCGAGACUGAAAUAAGAGGUAAUAAGAUUAGAUUAGGAAAAUCCUAUGGAAUUUGGGCUAAAGGAAAGUGUAAACCAAAGAUUUGUGAGAAUGAAAUUGUUGACAAUGUCGGCAAGAAUGUUUUAAUUACAGAGUCAGCCAAACCAUACUUUAGUGAAAACAAAAUUUAUUAUUCUCGAAGCGUCUUGCAAACAGAAGAACUUAGAGGAAUUGUUUUAAAAGAUUUAUGCAAGCCAACUUUUGAACUCGAAGAGAUUUAUGGUCAUUCGUCCUCAGGAGUAGACAUUGGAGGAAGGGCUCAGCCUCUAUUCUUCGCUUGCAAAGUGACCGAUAACUCAAAGAAUGGAUUUUUGAUAAGAGAUUAUUCCAGUCCAACAAUCAAUGAGUGUAUUGUGUCCAACAAUGUUUAUCCAAACAUUUUAGCUAUAGACAGGGCUGAGUCAGUGAUAACCAAGUGCAAAAUACAUUCUGGUAGCCAAACCGGUAUUUCUAUUAAGGGCACACCAAUCACAACCAUUAGGGAAAGUGAAAUUUAUGGAAACUCUUUUUCAAACAUCAAGAUUGGUGGCAGUUCAUCUACAGAUAUCAUUGAGUCUAAAAUUUACAAUGGAAGACAAAGCGGAAUUUGGGUCAAAGAGGAUGCAUCUGGUAAAAUUUUCAGGUGUAGCUUGUUUAACAACCGAAGAGAUAACAUUUUAAUGGAAAUGCGAGGCAAAAUGAUCAUUUCCGAAAAUGAACAGGAUAAAUAG